AUGUCGUCGUCGCAGCAAACACAAGGAGACGGCAGUAUGCAGGGCUCUCAUUUGCCAAAUAUGUCAGGCGAAAGCGCCAUUCCAGCCUCCUUCUUCGACAUACCUAUCGAGUACGAGUCCACGGAUGGUAACAUCAAUAUGGACUUUGCAUCGAUAUCAGGCUUUCCUGCUACCGACACACCUAUGCCGAAUGCGCCCGACUUCGAUGCGCUUACUGUGCAGAUUGCUGCCAAUAUGCCGCCGCUCGACUCUUUCAGCACCUACCCAAUGGCCAGUCCCUCGCAAAUGGCACAAGCGCCGCAACCUAACCCGACAAAUAUGGCCAUCAAAAUGGAGCUCGAUGAUCUCAGCAGCAUAGCCCCAUCUCCCUCUAUCGCCUCCGAAGUUUCGACGUCCAAGCCUUCUUCUCUCAAAGCAAAGAAGCCGUCCAAACAAAAGGCGGAUGGAACAGAGACGAAGCCGAAACCGAAGAAGCCGAAGAAGAAAUCUACUACCGGGGCAGCCACCACUGAUGCAACUGCCUUCAGCUCAUCCGCACAGCCAUCCAAUGUCACGGCGGCUUCUACGGCACCCAAACCCAAGAAGACGUCAAAAAAUAAGGCGUCAGAUAAGGAUAAGAGCAAAGAGGAAGCACACCAGCAGCCAACUUCUACUGCCGCAUCACCUGCACCAUUCGCAACCCCUGUCUCGUCUUCGAAAGAAUCCAAACCCAAAGCGAAGAAGGCAGGCGGAUCGAAAGUAGGUACAAAGGCCGGCAGCAAAGCAAGGUCCUCCACUGCCAGAUCAGCAUCACGCAAAUCAUCUAUGGGCAGAGACGCUACCACCCCCGCCGCAUCACGCGUCGACAGCCAGCGUCCAAACGACGAAGCAAACGAUGACGACGAGCCGGCUUCGAAUGUACAAGCACCACCACCAGAAGAAGACGAAGAAGCGGAAGACGAAGAGGCCGACGCAGAUGACGGCGUUGAAGAGCUGGGCCGGGAUCACUUCUCCACACAGGAAGCCAUCUAUGCGGCACAGCAACGCAACAUGGGUCUGCUCUCCAUGGUCAUGGAUGAAGAUCAACUCGAUCGACAUAUGGCCUCGCGUAGAGGUGCACUCAACAAAACAAAUGUUCGGAAACUCGUCAACCACGUCUUGUCACAGUCCGUUUCGCAGCACGUCGCCAUGGUGGUUUCCGGUGUAGCCAAGAUCUUUGUUGGAGAAAUCAUUGAAACGGCUCGCGAGAUUCAAUCAAUACGCGGAGAGCACGGUCCACUCAGACCCAAUCAUCUUCGAGAAGCGCAUCGACAGUACUACCUGAAGCGUGAGCGUCCGGGUCAUUACCCACCAGGAACCAACACGGGCCAUCCUGGUGUGGGAAAGAGGAGGCGCCUCUUCUAG